AUGGAGGAACAAGAGGAAGCAGGCCCCACAACAGGGGAAAGAUCACAGAGGGCAGAAAAAGCCUCUUGUGGCAUCCUGGCAGAAAAAAAAUGCUUGCAACGCACGUCAGCGCAGCAUAACAUUAAACAGGAACCAGGCGAAGGGCUUGUUCAUCACUGGGAGGCCCAAUGGCAGGACUUCCUGAAGACCGUGGAGGCCCCUCAUCCUGGAUGGGCCAUCCCCCAGUUGCUCGAGGAACCCACCACUCCAUGGGACGAUGCCAAGGCCUUUCUCACCUCCUUCGAGCAAGUGGCCAAAGCCUGCCGCUGGCCAAGAGAAGAGUGGGUGACCCGACUCCUGCCGGCCCUCAGUGGGGAAGCCGAGCAGGCCUUUAGCAGGUUGGAUGUCAGAGAUAGGGAGGAUUAUGGGAAGGUGAAGGCAGCUAUCUUGCGAAGGGACACUAUCAGCAGGGAGAAGCGGCGCCAGCACUUCCGGCAUUUCUGCUACCAGGAGGCCGACGGACCGAGAGGGGCUCACAGCCGGCUCCAGGAGCUCUGCCACAGGUGGUUAAAAGUCGACAGGCAUACCAAGGAGCAGAUCUUGGAGCUGCUGAUCUUGGAGCAGUUCCUGGCUGUCCUGCCCCCAGAGAUCCAGAGCUCAGUCAGGGAAGUCGGGCCAGAGACCUGCUCCCAGGCAGUGGCCUUGGCAGAGGAUUUCCUGCAGAUGCAAAGAGAAGCAGAGCGGGUAGAGAACCAGGUGAGAUGCGUUCGUAGCUUGCAAGUGGCAUUUGAGGAGGAGGCUGUGAACGUCUCUGAGGCUGGCCAACUGCCACUUGAGAUGGAGCAGAGGCAGCUGUGCACGGAGGGCAGGCUAGCAGAGGACAGAAAUACCAGGCUUGCAGAUCUCAUAAUUCAUCAUGGAAUCCACACUGGCGAGAGACCCUAUGAAUGCCCUGACUGUGGCAAGAGAUUCAGCCGUGGCUCAGACCGUAACCGCCAUCAGAGAAUACACACACAAGAGAAACUGUACAAGUGCCUCGUCUGUGGGAAAUGCUUCCUCUACAGCUCGGAUCUCAUAAUCCAUCAGAGAAUCCACACGGGCGAGAGGCCAUACGAAUGCCUGGAUUGUGGGAAAAGGUUUAGUUGCAGCUCGGAUCGUAACCGCCACCAACGGAUCCAUACCGGGGAGAAACCAUACGUGUGCUUGGACUGCGGGAAACGAUUCAGCCAGAAAGUUCACCUGAACAGGCACUGUAGGAUCCAUGUGGGAGAGAAAUCAUACAAGUGCCCAGAAUAUGGGGCAAGCUUCAGCGUAAGCUGA